AGUGCGUUUGCUUUUUGAGCAGGUUUGGAAUGUCCAUUCUUAACUCCAUUAUUUUGUGAUGCCUUUGUUAUCCAUUCAGUGUAUGAGUGCGCAGGGAGAUGCUGUCGAUCCAUCCCUUUGCUCCAGCUUGAUGAAGCCCAACAUAAGACCAGCAUGUGCCAUUCCAGAGGUUCCUUGUUAUUUCUGCUCCAUCACAGAUUGCAAUGGGAGAGGCAUAUGCACAGCUGGAAAGUGCUUCUGCCCAGAAGGAUGGUCUGGGACUUUCUGUGAGAUUUCCUCAUCAUGUCCCAGCCCUGGUUAUGUUGAUGGAUCUUACCGAUGCUGUCAAUCUGGUGUGGUCGACCGAAAUAACAAGUGCUGUUCCGGUUCAAGUUCAUCCCUUGAUAAGGAUGGAUAUUGCUGCAGCAGUGGCUUGGUCGAUCCAUGUGGAGUGUGCGAUGGAGCUGGCAAGUUCCUGGAUAUCAGAGGAGACUGUUGCAGAACUUUCCGUGAUGAAAGAGGUGUUUGCUGCAGAAGUGGGUUCAUUGACGAGUGCCAUGUCUGCAAUGGAGAUUCAAGCAGUUGUAACAUCCAGAUGUCCAUGUCAUUUGAUAUCAUUAACAGCAGCGUUGCUAACGACGUUGCAACGACUCCAUCUGUAAGAGAGGCAGUGGUGACCCUCUUCCAUAAGUUGAUUACAGAAACAGCCAGAGUACAACAGGAAGGAGUUAAAGUCACGGGCUUGAAGUGGGGAGAGAAAAUGGGAUCUGGAGAUGAAACCACAAGGGCUAUCAAUAUCACAUUGAUAAUCAAUUUUUUCGGUGGUGCUGAGAAUGCAGGUGUAAGAGAGAAUCUUGAUCAGAUCCGUACUCUGAAGGAUUUAAUACCCAGGCUGGAAAAUGCAGAGGGCAAUCUAAGGACGAUGGAUUCAAGAGAAAAGACAGCCACAUUGGUGUUCUUUGACAUUGCAAACAGUCUCAAGAUCGUGGAAUCGCGGAGGACUGGUGUAUGCGGGAAUGGCAUGUGCGAAUUGGGCGAGCGGUGUAAUCCGGACGGGUCUGCAGCACCAGUUGUCACUCUGGAGGGCACAGAAGUGCUCGCAGAAACACAGUGCUGCCCUGCCGAUUGCCAGUAUAUCACUGUGCCGUGUCCGGCUCCAGCAACUGGCCCGAGGCAAGCAAUACUCCUGAUUGUGCUCACGACUUAUCUGUGCUGCGGCAGGAAUAGAUCCAAGGGGGCUUCUGUGGCGGCAGAAAACGACAACCCGAACAAUCCUGACAGGGGAAAAGCCAGGUCGCUGGCCUCACCUGAGACAGUGGUUCUUAACUGGGGGCCAAGGAACCGAUUAUCCGUACCACCAGAGCCAGACAGUCCCAACUGGGACAAAAACAGACUAUCUGUACCACCUCCAACUCCUGUGCCUUCCACUCGAAUAUAGGAUGUGGACGUCCUGCUGCUACAUCCGGCUGCACAGUUACAUGAGGAAUGACUGAGUGUACUGCUGCACGCGGCUGCAUACGUACUGU